AUGGCAUUCUUCGGACGCAACUUCUACCCCGAGACCUCCUUCACCCCCCUCUUCCGCCUCCUCCAGGACUUUGACGACUACUCGCGCCAGACCAACGGCGGCUCGCAGUCGGGCCGCCGCACGGGCAUCGCGCCGUGGCAGCCCAAGUUCGACGUGCGCGAGACGGACGCCGCCUACGAGCUGCACGGCGAGCUCCCCGGCAUGAGCAAGGACAACGUCAACAUUGAGUUCACCGACUCCCAGACGCUCGUCGUCCACGGCCGCGUCGAGCGCACCUACACCGCCGGCACGCCCCCCUCGGGCGCCAUCGAGGGCUCCAAGUCGGGCGGCGCCAUCACCGAGGGCGGCGAGAAGGACAAGAAGCCACCCAAGCCUACCGUCGAGGACGAGGACGCCGCCAACAAGGGCGAGCAGCAGGUGUCCAAGCAGGACAAGGACAACAAGCCUACGGACAACGCAAAGUACUGGCUGAGCGAGCGCAGCGUCGGCGAGUUCUCGCGGACGUUUAGCUUCCCCGCGCGUGUCGACCAGGACAAGGUGUCGGCCAACUUCAAGGACGGCAUCCUCAACAUUACGAUUCCCAAGGCGGCCAAGCACGAGCCUAAGAAGAUUGCUGUCAACUAA